AUGGAAGCCACCACCCUUAGUACUGCUGCACGGAACGCAUUCCAGAUUUUCGGUCAAGUCUAUGUCUUUAUUUACAAUCAACUUCGUCAAUUGAAUAUCCCAAUGCCACCACCCGAUCGUGUUUUUGUUCUCCUGUCAAAUCUUGGUUCCUCCCUCAUCGCCAACGCGCCUCCAGCCUUGCGACAGUUUUAUGCCAAUCUCGCGCAGCUACCCAUUCAAUCCAACCUUUUUGCUAUCGUGGCUAUCCUUUUUGUGUUGUACAUUGUCUACAAUUUGGUCAUGGCAACAGUGCGUUCUAUUGUGCGUAUGGUGUAUGGCUUUAUCCGGUUCACAUUUAUUGUUGUCAUGUUGGUGUCUUGUCUCGUCCUCCUUAGCCAAUACUACGAAAUCCCGAUCUUGCAGGAUUUUCUCGGUGUGGCAUUACAGCAACAACAACAGCAACAACAACAGCACCCAUCAUCCUUUGUAUACCAGCAUGAUCUAUAA